AUGACCACUGAACCGCUUCACCUCCAUCGAGACCACCUCUCCGUGGCGGAGGUUGACCUCCACGAUCCAUACGUGACCGCAAACCUCGGCCUCUUCAUCAUCCAUAACGUCCUCCGCCGCAAUCUCGCCAGCUGCGCCCGCCACGCCAAAUGCCUCGCAACAUCCAACUUCGAACCCUUCCUCGUUUAUACCCGCUACACCCUCCAAGUCCUCGAGGAUCACCUCCGCUGCGCAGAGGACAUCUCGCUCCCCGUCUAUGCGGACCGGGACCCGCGAUUCAGCGCCCUGAUGGACGCGCAUAAGCAAGUUCGCAAGGAAAUUCUCCCGCUUCAGAGUCUCCUUGCCACACCCUCGUGGAAGUUGGCCGCGGUGCUCCCUCAAAUCGCCGACAGCCUGGCUAUUCUCCAGGAGAAGCUCUACCCGCAGUUCGAUGCCGUCGAAGACGUGAUCAACCAGACAGCGCGACAGAUCCCGCUGGAGAUGGUCAAGGCGAUGGAUGCCAGGCUCGAGGAAUGCCGGCGGCAGAAUAGCAGGAAGCAAGGGACCGUGUGGGCGGCGUUUUAUUUGACACGAGCCUUGAGUCCAGAGGAACGGGAGUUGGGUGCCUUGCGCAUGCCGAAGCAUAAGCUUGAGGGGAUGUUGACUGCGGGGGAGUUGCAGUUUCGACGUUGGUUGUAUGGAUAUGAUUUCGGCCACUUGCCGUCAGGGUUCGGAGCAGAGAUUUGA